AAUCAUCUUGUGUUCCGUUUACAUAGAAACGAAAUCAAAUUUAAACGGUUGUUUUGUAAAGUUUAACUGCAAGAUAUAAGUUUAUGAAGGCUUGUGGAACAUGCUGGUGAAAAGUUACGUAAACAGAUAUAUCAAAAUAUCUUGCAAUGAUAUAAUGAGUGAAUAGUGCUUCGCCAUGCUGCUUUUGUUAGCAUGGUUUUUGUGGUUUUACACUGACACAAAGAAUCAGCCGAACACCAAGGAUGGGCAAGAAGAAGAGAACACUCCUGCAGUCGUGAAAGCUGAAGUAAUAGAAGAUGAUGUUUUUGAAAAGCAGGUUCAUUUGAGUCAGUCAGCACAAAAAUUGUUAAAUGCUUCACUCAAGGAUACGUUCAGUGCUGCAGUGAGUGACACGACGAGUGAAUGUUUAUUUAUUGAUCAUGAGCAUACACACUCGACGUUCGAUAACUCGCCAAAUCCACGGCAACAAGCAGGUUUUGCGAAAAUUGAUAAUUCAAAGACAUUUCAAAAAAUUAAUGGUUCUAGGGAACCAAUUGUAGAAUUUACCCAAUCUGAAGCUCUCCAUCAGCAGGACGAAAAGGUUUUCUUUGGUUUUACUAAAGAUAAUGUCGACUUUCCAACCCCCACUUCACAGAAUAUUAACAAAAGCGUCUUUCAAACGAAUUUUAGUUCGCAUACAGGUGAAGGAAAAUCAGAUGAACUCGAUAUAAGUACCAGCAGUGAUGAUUUUCUCGAAAGUGAUGUUCAAAAUGAAAACACACAUGUCGGAACUGCGAAAGUGUUUUCUCAACCUAGCUUCAAAAAAAGCAGAGGUAACAUGGAAAAAAUCAAACAAAGUCUUGGUACUCCUACGGAAGACGAUCAUGUAAAUAUAAGCGAACCUGUAAAUUUUUCCCCGCAUUCAGAUUUUUUAAAUAAAGACAAUAGUUUUCACGAUUCCGACCACAUCUCUAGUGUUAAGUUACUUGUUCACAGUAAAGCGAAAGAUGGAAAGCAGGGAGUGUCUAUUGUGGAGAAGGACAUAGCAGUUGCUCCAGUUGAUUUACAGCUUCAUUCUGAUGACGUCACACCUGAGGAUAAUGAGGUGGAGAGUCUGUUUACAAAUGACAAUAGUAGAAACCAGUUGGACGUGCAGUGCACUCCAACACAUGGUACUCACAUGAAAGUCAGCUCAGAAAGUGCAGGUCGAAUCCACUCUAUUGUUAUUAAAGCUCCUAAAUCUGAAAAGAAAACAAGGAUACGAUGCUCUUCCCCGCGAAUGACAGCCACUUCACCUAGGAUUCGUGCGGAAGGAGCGCCUGGGACAGAUUUUGACAUGGUGCAUUUAGUUGUAAACAAGCAGAAACCUGCAACAAAAACCGAUUUUGUAUUAACACCUAGAAAGGAGAACGUUUCCCUGCCUUUCAAACAGAACGAAGAGGUAGAUGAAGUCAUAUAUCCGGUUAUUAACUAUGAUUUUGUUGAAAAUGGCAACCCGGAAUUUAUAUUGGAUGAAGAAAAACCAAGGAAGUCUCAAUUCUCGCAAAAGAAGUUACUUACGAAACAAUCAGCAGCUGGAGAAAGUGAUUUUGAUGUUAUCAUGAACCGGCGUAAAAAGUAUGUGGACACGAUAGACCACACAGGUAGACUGUUGGGUCAGUUUGGACAUCGAGACGAGAAAAUUCAAGGUGGUACUAAAGUUCUUUCCAAGCACUGGUCGAAACUCAAAGACGCUGUCAAAAAAAAACAAUAUCUCUCUUUCGAAGACAACCCCUAAUUCUUAUGUUCUACACUUAUGAGACAUUACGAAACAAUGCGACAGCCUGCAGAGGAAUUCUUUUGUGCAGUAGAUGUAGUGAUUUAAAACGCUCCUCCACAUUGUUCUAAAAUACGAAAGGUUGUGCAUUUUCUGGCAACCUGGUAGAUUUUGCUUUCUUGACGUAUAUAA